AUGACGAGCACUAUAACGAACAGCAAAUCCCCAAAUUCCAUGGGGCACGGAUACAACUGUGAAAAAUGCGGGAAAAAGUUUGAUUCGAUAGUAUCUCGAAAGCUACAUUCUCUGGACUGCACAGUUAACCCUCAAAUACCAGGCUUGAAGAAAAACCUGGCUUGCCCAGUUGGACACUGUUCUUUAACAUUCUUCACGAACGAAAGGCUGGCAUUGCAUCUAGCAGAGGAGCAUCAUAGUUUGUGCUCCCAUACGAAUCAUGAUUAUGGGCUUCGAGAGGUCUACUUCACAAGACGUCCCGAUUUCACGGAAUGGUUUUCAAACAUUUGUGAAAAGUACGAAUAUACAUUCGUUGAAACUAAAUCUCCUAUUCCCGGUGUCCAAUGUUCUGACGCUCUAGAGAAGAGAGGAAAGCGAUUUUGUCCAGCUUUCGUGAAGCUCAAAUCGGAAGAUAACGGACAUUAUACCUGUACAUUCAGCUUGAUUCAUAUUUUCCAUAAAUUCAAUCAGAUUCCAGUAAUUGAAGUUCCUAAAGGCAACUUCUGCUUUGUUAUUAAAAAUAAAAAGCAGUUGCCCGAUUACAGUUGCUCUGCAACACCAGAGCGGAGUGUUCGAAAACAAGGGGCAAAACCUGAUUCUAAUAUUGCUCUCGUAUCCGAAGAAAGUUCUCCUACUCUGUCAAACUCUCCGACUUUGAAUACCUCUUACGAUGUAGAGAAGAAGAAACCCGAAGUCCGUGUUGAAAAUCUGUGGGAUAUGCCAGCUUUGCCUACAAGAAGUUUCACUUACCCCGCCGAUUUAACGAAUGAACAAGGUUUUACAAGUUUGAACUUAACUCCCAAGCCUGGAGUUUCUAAUUCAUAUUUCAUGGAUCUUCCAAAUCACCAAAACCUCUCACUACCCUCUUUGGGAUGUUUAUCACAUAAUUCUCCAUUGCAAAGCUCUGUGAAUGCAUUGAAACGCCGCAACAUUGAUUAUGUUCAACAGCCUCUCAUUAAGCGGCUUCCUAACACUGUUCAAUGCCCAAAAAUCCCGCCUUCAACAAGAGAUAAUUUAAGGAAAGCUCCUAAUCCCGAAAUCUCUACGAUAAGUGUCAAUAGUUCCACCUCUGGUCAACACGAAGCUGAGUCUGUUAACCGAAAAACAAUGAAUUCUCCGAUGAGAGCUCAAUCAAAUAGAGCUUAUCAAGAAAAACGAGCCACUUUGGACAGUGCGUUGAAUAGUAUGACUGUUCGCGAUGCUAUUCAUGCAAAUAUGAUAUUCAAUAUUCGUUCUACCGGGAGUUCUUGUAGUGACCAGGAGGGAGUCAUCAAAGAGAAGACAUCUGCAGAUCGUGCAGCCAGGGAAAAGGCAGCGAGAGAAAGAUCAGCUAAAGAAAAAUCUGUAAACGUUGAACGGAACAGAGAUCAAAAGACUGAAGAAAAGGACAUUCCUACAUCACAAGCGGAUUCUUUGCCAACCUAUCAAAUAGUUCGUGGAUCUGCAAACCAAUCACGUUACCCGUUCAGAAAGCUACCCAAUUAUGUUCCAGCUGCUCCUCGUUACAUUCCUUCCAAGAAGCUCAAAGUGUCACCUAAACGUACCGAUAAGUCUCAAAAGUCCCAACCAGUGAUGAUCAAAGAUUCUGAUUCGACGCUGUAUAAACCUGUACUACCUCUAUCUGAUAUAUCACCCUCCACUAGUGCUGAUGAAACAGACAUGCAAUCGAGAUGUCAGACUAUGGCUAAUAUAGCCAACUAUGAGAUGGUACAGAUGAAUUCUAUUGACAGUUUAACAGGGAACUACGCUAUUAAAUACCAGAUAAUGCGAAAUUUCCAUCAUAUCAAAGAGGCUAGUGUUAUGAUGGAGAUGUUCACAGACCAGGACUUACCUUGUGACAACGAGACAUCUUCUCUUUUCCGCGAGACUGAAGAGAAUAUGUGGAGAAUAAUUGCGAAGUUGGGUAACAAAAAGGCUGAAGCCCUGGAUGAGGAACGCAGAUUAAGCCCCGGAUCCAAUAGCUCUAAGAAACGAGCACAUUCGAAGAUUAUCAAAACUCCCGUAGGUUGA